UCGAGCUAUAUAAGACAGCAGAUUUCUGGAAUGGAUCAUAACAGUGUCUACAUUAGCUGGAAGAACAUAACAAGACCAAAAUGCAGAGGAUUGGAGUAGCUUUGGCCCUUCUGGCUUGUGGACUAGUGCUAGUGGAAGCCCAGGAAUGUCUGGUUUGUCAAACGGAUAACGAAGUUUACUGCUACAAUCAGACAUCCUAUCAGUUUUGCAGUGGAUCCUCACUUUUGGGAACCAUACAAAACUGCCCGACCGGACAAGUGUGCUCUAAUUCCGACGACGUGUGUGUGGAUUCUACGGCCAUCAGUGAUACAGUCCUGGAUGUUUGUGGUUCAUCUGGUGGUAAUGGGGCCGAAUGUGGUGAUUGUUCGGGAGGAUCAAAAUACGUUUGUGUCAGCCAGACCCAGUUUGCCCGAUGCAUCAGUUCAGCGGUCUCCACUGUAUUUGACUGUGCCACCGAUGAGAUCUGUUCCUACAGUCAAUACCAAAGCGGAAACCCCAUUUGUGUGCCCUCCUGUGCCGCUGAUUAUUUGAAGCUCGAUCCUACGUGCAGCAAUACCGAGUAUACGACUACUACCACCACGGCAGCACCUGCGACGACACCUAGCACUACAGAACUGGCAGAGGCAUGUGCUAAUGCCGUGCCCAGCUCCAAUCCGAGCUACUUUUACACCAGGAACUAUGCCGACUCAAACUGUCAUUCUUAUAUAUACUGCCAGAGAAGUGGCACUGAUUCCUGGGUGACAGUCUUCUUAACUUGUAAAUCCAACCUCUACUUCGACUCCACCACCAACACAUGUGUUACCAACUGGCCUGCCAGUUGCUCCGCUACGACAACUUCAUCAUCAUCUAGUUCAACAGAAGAAUCUACGUCCUCUUCAACGGAAUCUUCUUCAUCCAGUGAUAGCUCUUCAUCUUCGUCAUCUUCCACGGAAAGUUCUUCCACUUCCUCAACGGAUAGUUCUAGUUCUUCUAGUGAUUCCUCUUCAUCCAGUUCAUCAUCUUCCACGGAAAGUUCUUCAACUGCCUCUACUGAUGCGUCUUCUUCAACGGAUGAUUCUAGUUCUUCGAGUGAUUCCUCUUCAUCCAGCUCGUCAUCUUCUACGGAAAGUUCUUCAACUGACUCCACUGCAUAAUCAGUUUCUUCUAAAUACGAUCCGAUUCUUCUUAAUAAUAUAAAUAGAAAAUCCUCAGAAAAAUCAAUCUAAGUAUAUCACUUUCUAUAAAACCUAUUAUUAUUAUUUCUAAUACUAUUGAAAUGUAUUAUAUUUGUUAGUAAAAUAUUAUCAAAAAUAUAUAUAUCUUACCAUUGAA